AUGAAGCUGAUCGCAGCCUACCUUCUCGCCUACCUGGGCGGGAACUCUUCCCCAAGUGCCGCUGACGUCAAGAACAUCCUUGACUCAGUUGGUGCUGAGGCUGAUGAAGAAAAGCUUGAGUUCCUUCUUGCUGAACUCAAAGGCAAGGACAUCACAGAAGUGAUUGCAUCUGGAAGGGAGAAGUUUGCCGCUGUGCCUUCAGGUGGGGGUGCCAUUGCUGUGGGAGCUCCAGCUGCUGCAUCUGGUGGUGCCGCAGCACCUGCUGCUGAGUCAAAGAAGGAGGAGAAGGUUGAAGAGAAGGAAGAAUCUGAUGAAGACAUGGGUUUCAGUCUGUUCGACUAA